AUGGAGGAAACAAUGCGAUUUAUCAUAAGUGCCGCGAAAAUGGCGAAUCGCGAAAUCGGCGAAUUCGAGCAAAAAAUGGCGGCUAAAGGAGAAAGCUCGAGUUUUCAACUCGACGCGAUGAAGGCGGUUCGUGUCAAAUUGGAAGAAUGCCUAGACUGGCAAACUCGUGGUUAUCCCCCAGUGCCGGCAACCGCCUCAAAUAACGCGCCGAAACGGGAAAUUUCGACGCAGACCGUACGAAAACGAAUGAAGAACCGUGAAACGUUCACCGAACCGUUGGAAACGACAGAUGCUGAAGCCCAAGUCUUUGUCAAUUUAACGGAUAGUGAAGAAUGCUCGAUGGAACUUUGCGAUUCCGACGAUGAGGGCCGAAAUGGGGCGGAGAGGAACAUGAAUAGGAGUUUUGAGAAUUACGAAGAGAGGGCUCAAAAACCGUACGUGGUACUACCGCCUCAAUCGCGAUAUUCGCCGGAACGAUCGCCUAGAUCGCGGCAACACCAGAGGCACGAUGAGCAUCGCUUCUACUCAACUAGCUCAUCGCAUAGAACAACACCCGACGGAAUUCUUAUACCAUUUUGCCCAAGAGAGCGCAAAAUUCGAGAACAUUUUAAUAAUGUUCCGAAUCGAAAUACGUGCAGAUACUGUGGAAAUCGAUGGCACGAUUCUGCGAAAUGCCACGUCAUCACCUGUAUUUGCCAACGACUUGAAGUGCUUCGAGAAAAAGGAAUUUGCUAUAAGUGUGGGGGACAUCACAGAAUGGUGGAUGAGAACGACUGCUAUAAACCAGUGCGAUGUUUUGUGUGUGGAAAGAAACAUAUUAUUCGAAAAACGCCGAUUCGGGUCCUGAAAAAAUGGAUUGUCGUGCUCGUCUACAGCAUCAGCCUCUACCUCAUCGGGCUCGUGUUCUCGACGGACGCCGGCCUCUACUGGUUCGAGAUGUUCGACGACUACUCGGGAUUCAGCUCGGUGUGCACGGCGAUCGUCGAGGUCGUCGUCGUCGUCUACGUGUACGGCGCCGCGAACUUCUCGAACGACAUCCGCGAGACGCUCGGCGAGCCGCGCGCGAUGCUCUCCGCCUGGCUCGGCGGCACCUCGCCAUAUUUCGUCUGGAACUGGCGUCUCAUCACACCGACCAUCGGACUCCUCGGCGAAACUGUCGAGCUAAAACUUGGCAAAUUUCCAAACUAUCGACGAACCACUAAGGGUAAGGAGCAGGUGUUUCGAAUUUGCAACGGCAAAAACGCCAAAAAAUGCGGAUACUGGGAGUAUGUCGAUACCAAACAGAAGAAUGAAUACGCAGCGAAGACGAGUCGCAAAAAUGGCAAUACUCUUGUUUUAAAGCAAGUCUCACCGGAUGACGAAGGAGUGUAUAUUUCAAAACAGGCUACUAUCAGCUUGGUAGUAGAGUUGCCAAUGGUUGGAAAGAAAUAA